GCCCGGGCCUGGCCCCCAAGGAGGAUGUCUCAGCUGCCGGCCAGCUCCCAUCUGCACCAUGAGUGAUGAGCGGCGGCUGCCCGGCAGUGCGGUGGGCUGGUUGGCGUGUGGAGGCCUCUCCCUGCUGGCCAACGCCUGGGGCAUCCUGAGUGUGGGAGCCAAGCAGAAGAGGUGGAAGCCGCUAGAGUUCCUGCUGUGCACUCUGGCGGCCACCCACAUGCUCAACGUGGCAGUGCCCAUCGCCACGUACGCCGUGGUGCAGCUGCGGCAGCAGCGCCCUGACUACGAGUGGAACGAGGGCCUCUGCAAGGUCUUUGUCUCCACCUUCUACACCCUCACCCUGGCCACCUGCUUCUCCGUCACAUCCCUCUCCUACCACCGCAUGUGGAUGGUCCGCUGGCCCGUCAACUACCGGCUGAGCAACGCCAAGAAGCAGGCGGUGCAUACGGUCAUGGGCAUCUGGAUGGUGUCCUUCAUCCUGUCCGCCCUGCCUGCCGUCGGCUGGCACGACACGAGUGAGCGCUUCUACACCCACGGCUGCCGCUUCAUCGUGGCUGAGAUCGGCCUCGGCUUCGGCGUCUGCUUCCUGCUGCUGGUGGGCGGCAGUGUGGCCAUGGGUGUGGUCUGCACUGGCAUCGCCCUCUUCCAGACCCUGGCUGUGCAGGUGGGGCCGCGGGCCGGCCACCGCGCCUUCACCGUGCCCACCAUUGUGGUGGAGGAUGCGCAGGGCAAGCGCCGCUCCUCCAUCGAUGGCUCUGAGCCUGCCAAAACCUCGCUGCAGAUCACCGGCCUGGUGGCCACCAUCGUCAUCAUCUAUGACUGCCUCAUGGGCUUCCCCGUGCUGGUGGUGAGCUUCAGCAGCCUUCGGGCGGACGCCUCGGCACCCUGGAUGGCACUGUGUGUGCUGUGGUGCUCGGUGGCCCAGGCCCUCCUGCUGCCCAUAUUCCUCUGGGCCUGCGACCGCUACCGCGCCGACCUCAAAGCCGUCUGGGAGAAGUGCGUGGCCCUCAUGGCUAACGAUGAGGACUCAGACAAUGAUACCAGCCUGGAGGGUGGCAUCCCCCCGGACCUGGUGCUGGAGCCCUCCCUCGACUACAGCUAUGGAGGUGACUUUGUGGCCCUGGACAGGAUGGCAAAGUAUGAGCUCUCGGCCCUGGAGGGGGGCCUGCCCCAGUUCUACCCGCUGCGGCCCUUGCAGGAGGACAAGAUGCAGUACCUGCAGGUCCCGCCCACGCGACGCCUCUCCCACGACGACGCGGAAGUGUGGGCCGCCGUCCCGCUGCCCGCCUUCCUGCCGCGCUGGGGCUCGGGCGAGGACCUGGCCGCCCUGGUGCUGCCCGCCGGGCCUGAGCGACGCCGCGGCAGCCUGCUGGCCUGCGCAGAGGUCGCGCCCCCGUUCCGCCCGCGCCGCCGCUCCGCCGACAGCCUGCUG